CACUUCACUAGUUCCGUACACCAAAAAAAUCACCAUAUCUCGAGCUAGUUUUCCCUUCGCAUCCUCAAAGCAUUUCAAAAUGGCUUCAAGGGGAUUGGCAACAACUGCUUUCCUCCUCAUCACCGUCAAUCUUCUCUUCUUUACUCUUGUAACAUCAACCUCUUGCCCACCACCACCAAAGGCCCCUAAGCCACAUAAACAUCACCACCACAAAGCCACAUGUCCUAAAGACACACUUAAGCUAGGUGUGUGUGCAAACGUGCUCAAUGACUUGGUUCACCUAGUCGUCGGUACACCAGCAACCACUCCAUGCUGCAGCCUCCUUGGGGACCUUGUCGAUCUUAAGGCUGCAGUUUGCCUUUGCACCGCUAUUAAAGCAAAUGUCUUGGGUAUCAACCUUAAUGUGCCAGUUUCUUUGAGCUUGUUGCUUAAUGUAUGUGGAAAGAAUGUCCCAAAGGGCUUUCAAUGUGCAUAAAGAUGCUUGAUUAUUUUUAUAUGUCUUCAAAGAGUUGGUUUUAUGCUCUUUGAUCUUAUUUGGUUUUGUGUUUCGCUCUUAGAGUUGAGUAUUUUAUUAUAUUAAGGGUAUUCAUUUCAGUAGGAGGUUCGUCACCUUCUCUUGUAUUUUGGAUAUCCUGUCAUAUUGUGACUAAGGUUUUAUUCUUGUGAUUCAAAAUAAAAAUAAACAUUUUCAAUAAAUAUGCAUUUAUUUUAAGAUUCCAA